AUGCCUCCUAACUGCCUUGUUCAAAUUACUCAUUUUCAUUGCCAGCUUGCUGAGAUACACGCUUUGUCACUUUAUCACUUCACUCCCUCUAAGUUAAGGGCUCACGACGAAGAUGGUGGACUCAUUCACCUCAGACGUGUUUAUUCCCUUACAGACUCACCACCACAUCACAGACAGUCCCUUAGACGUCUGGGUCUAGAGCUUCUUGAAAAGGAUCAUCCUUACCAGUGCUGUGCAAACUGUUCGAACAGGCCUCUGCUUCUAACAUCUCUGCCGUCACAGUCAAGAGUGACUCGCUUCACUAUGGAAGAGGAAACCAUUGAUCGGCGCCUCCCGUACCGGGUGGGCUUUCCCUACCCUCUUCCAGUCCUGCCUCUGUACACAGAAGCGGCAGAGACUGCUCAUGAUCUCCGCCCUUUGCAGGCCAGCAUUCGCCGGAUUCUGGAGCAAUAUGGCGUUAGGCCGUAUUUCGUCGCUACCCCACUCAAAUUCCAGUAUCGCUACGUCCAGGAGCCCCUUUCCACGAGCGAUGUCAGACAGACGGCUUUCAUCGAGUGCAUCUACGAAGGCCCUCACACCGCACACCGCUGGGUGGAAGCGGCCACCAAGAUUCGCCACUACCUCCUGAACGAACACAAGCCUCGUAUCAAAUGUCGUCUCGAGCUCAUUGAUCUCGUGUAUGAGGAAUCCCGUCGCCAGGCUCCUGUCUUUCCGACCAAACGUAUCUCAAUCCAGUGGGAGAAGGAGGGACUUCGCCAGCGUGUGAUCGACAGAAUUCAGGGCAGACAGUGGAAGGCCGUGAAUCUCUACUACGUUAGUCGCAAACGCUUCGACGGCGCUCGUGACGGACAACCCACCGUCGUCAUCGAAGCUCAGGAUGUCCGCGAGGACGUCUGGUGGGACGUGCUUCUUCCCGAGAUCCGGGCUUUUCUCCCCAAGGGAGUUGAGCUGGAGCUGCGUCGCUGGCGGGAGCCAUGGAAUUGA